CCCACCCCUGCAGGCGCCUCCCACUCCUUCGACAGGGGAUAUGUACACCCACAAGGGCCCUGCUGCUCAGUGGUCGCUGAGGGGACCGUGGUCUGCUAGGGGUGCUGCUGGCUGAUCGGUUGUAAUCCAAGAGCACAUUACCGUAGGUGUGAAUCUGUGAACAGCAACUCCUAAGCCGCCACCAGCAUGCCAGGCCACGCCGUGAAAAGCACGGGACCUGAUCCUGACCCCUCAGAAUUCCUGUACGUUUCCCUGGAGCAGAAGCGCAUCGACCAAACCAAGCCUUACGACGCGAAGAAGUCCUGCUGGGUCCCCGACGAGAAGGAAAGUUAUGUCUUGGGCGAAAUUCAAGGAACCAAGGGCGACCUGAUAAGUGUUAGCGUUCCGGGAGGAGAAACGAAGAACUUCAAGAAGGACCAGGUGACUCAGGUCAACCCUCCUAAGUAUGAGAAGUGCGAGGACAUGUCCAACUUGACCUACCUUAACGAUGCCUCUGUCUUGUACAACUUGAAGAGUCGCUACCAGGCUAGACUUAUCUACACCUACUCUGGCCUCUUCUGCAUCGCCGUCAACCCGUACAAGCGCUUCCCCAUCUACACCAACCGCACCGUCAAGAUCUACCAGGGCAAGAGGCGUAAUGAGGUGCCUCCCCAUCUCUUCGCCAUCUCCGACGGCGCCUACAUGGCCAUGAUUCAAGGCGGAAAUAACCAGUCAAUGCUGAUCACUGGGGAGUCUGGCGCCGGCAAGACUGAGAACACGAAGAAGGUGCUGUCCUACUUCGCCAACGUCGGCGCGUCAACUAAGAAGAAGGAAGGCGAGAAUAGGCCGAACUUGGAAGAUCAGAUUGUCCAAACAAACCCUGUCCUGGAGGCUUUUGGCAACGCCAAGACAGUUCGAAACGACAACUCUUCCCGCUUUGGUAAGUUCAUCCGCAUCCACUUCGCCCCCAACGGCAAGCUCUCUGGCGGCGACAUCGAGGUGUAUCUGCUGGAGAAGGCUCGCGUCAUCUCGCAGCAGUCUCUCGAGCGCUCCUACCACAUCUUCUAUCAAAUAAUGUCCGACCAGGUCCCAGAAAUUAAACCUUUGUGUCUCCUGAGUAACGAUAUCUACGACUACCACUAUGUGUCUCAAGGCAAAGUCACUGUCGCUUCCAUCGACGACAAAGAAGACAUGGAGUUCACUCACCAAGCCUUCGACAUUCUGAACUUCAGCAAGGAAGAACGAAGUGAUUGCUACAAGGUGACAGCGGCUGUCAUGCAUUUAGGCAACUGCAAGUUCAAGCAGAGGGGUCGCGAGGAACAGGCCGAGCCUGACGGCACUGAUGCCGGCAAUUUGGUGGCAAAAUUGCUUCUCUGCGAUGGCGACGAACUGUACAAGAACUUGUGCAAACCCAAGAUUAAGGUCGGCGCCGAAUUUGUAACUCAGGGCAGAAACGUAGAUCAAGUGACCUACUCUGUUGGCGCCAUGGCCAAGGCGCUGUUCGAUCGCGUCUUCAAAUGGAUGGUCAAGAAGUGCAACGUCACACUCGAAACUGGCCAGAAGCGCGCCAUGUUCAUCGGAGUGCUUGAUAUCGCCGGUUUUGAGAUCUUCGAUUUCAACGGCUUCGAGCAGAUCUGCAUCAACUUCUGUAAUGAGAAGUUGCAGCAGUUCUUCAACCACCACAUGUUCGUGCUAGAGCAGGAGGAGUACAAGAAAGAGGGAAUUGACUGGCAGUUUGUCGAUUUCGGUAUGGAUCUGCAGGCCUGCAUUGAACUUUUCGAGAAGAAAAUGGGCAUUCUCUCCAUCCUGGAAGAGGAGUCCAUGUUCCCAAAGGCAACGGACAAAACCUUUGAGGAGAAACUGAAGACCAACCACCUUGGGAAGUCUCCCUGUUUCAUCAAGCCCAAACCUGCCAAGCCCGGCCAGGCCGAGGCCCACUUCGCCAUCGUCCACUACGCCGGCACGGUGCCCUACAACCUUUCUGGCUGGCUCGAGAAGAACAAGGACCCCCUCAACGACACCGUCGUGGACCAGCUCAAGAAGGCCGGCAACGCUCUCAUCGUGGAGCUGUUCUCUGACCACCCCGGCCAGACCGGUGACGCCGGUGGCGGAAAAGGUGGACGAGGCAAGGGAUCAGGUGGCUUUAAAACGGUGUCGUCUGGGUAUAGGGAGCAGCUAAACAACCUGAUGAAGACCCUGAACUCAACGGAGCCUCAUUUCAUCCGCUGCAUUGUCCCCAACGAGACCAAGUCACCAGGUGUUGUUGAGGCUCCCCUCGUUAUGCAUCAGCUGACCUGCAACGGUGUGCUCGAGGGCAUCCGUAUCUGCCGCAAGGGCUUCCCCAACAGGAUGCCUUACCCUGAUUUCAGGCACCGCUACAAGAUCCUGGCCCCCAAGGAGAUGGCUGAGGGCACCGAAGAUAAGAAGGCAGCCAUAGCGUGCUUCGAAAAGGCUGGUUUAGACGCAGAAAUGUAUCGCUGUGGCAACACCAAGGUAUUUUUCCGCGCUGGAGUGCUUGGUAAUCUCGAAGAAAUUCGUGACGACCGGCUUUCAAAGAUCUUGUCUUGGCUUCAAGCCUGGAUCCGAGGCUUCUCUGGCAGGAAAUCCUACGAGAAACUUAUGGAACAGAGGACCGCUCUCAUCGUUGUUCAGCGCAACUUGAGGAAGUACAUGCGUCUGCGCAACUGGGGUUGGUUCCGCAUGUGGCAGAGGGUGAAGCCUUUGCUCAACGUUACUCGCGUAGAGGAUGAAAUCCGAGCCCUCGAGGAGAAGGCAGCCAAGGCUCAAGAAAACUAUGAACGCGAAGCCAAACUUCGCAAGGAACUUGAAGCAGCCAACGUAGCCUUGCUGGAAGAGAAAAAUAACCUCUUGGUCACUCUUGAAUCUACCAAAGGCAAUGUUUCUGAUUUCCUGGAUAAGCAAGCUAAGCUUCAGGCCCAGAAGACCGAUUUGGAGGCGCAGCUCAAGGAAGUAACGGACCGCUUACAGAGGGAAGAGGAAUCUCGAAAUCAGCUCUUCCAGGGCAAAAAGAAAACCGACCAAGAAAUUGGCGGUUUGAAGAAGGAUGUGGAAGAUCUUGAACUCGCUGUUCAAAAGGCUGAACAAGACAAAUCUACCAAGGACCACCAGAUCCGCAACCUGAACGACGAAAUCGCCCACCAGGAUGAGCUGAUCAAUAAAAUCAAUAAAGAAAAGAAACAUCUCCAGGAAUGUAACCAAAAGACUGCCGAGGAUCUGCAGAACGUCGAAGACAAGUGCAAUCACCUAAACAAAGUUAAAGCAAAGCUUGAGCAGACGCUUGAUGAGCUCGAGGACUCUCUUGAGAGAGAGAAGAAACUUCGGGGAGAGGUUGAAAAGUCCAAGAGGAAGGUUGAGGGCGAUUUGAAACUGACUCAGGAAGCCGUUGCUGAUCUCGAACGCAACCAGAAAGAACUGGAACAAACUGUUCAGCGAAAGGACAAAGAAAUCUCGUCAAUUUCUUCAAAGCUGGAGGAGGAGCAAGGUUUGGUUGGAAAGAGCCAGCGCCAGGUCAAGGAACUCCAAGCUCGCAUCGAAGAGCUCGAGGAAGAAGUUGAACACGAGCGUCAAUCGCGCUCGAAGUCCGAGAAAUCGAAGACGCUGCUUGCACGCGAACUCGAAGAGCUCGGCGAGCGGCUGGACGAGGCCGGAGGCGCCACCGCCGCCCAGAUCGAACUCAACAAGAAGCGCGAGGCUGAACUUGUGAAACUGCGCCGCGAACUAGAGGAGGUGAACAUCCAGAAUGAGGCCGCAGUCGCUGGGCUGCGAAAGAAGCAUAAUGACGCCGUUGCCGAAAUGUCGGAUCAGAUCGAUCACCUGAACAAGAUGAAGGCUCGGGCUGAGUCUGAUAAGGAGGCUCUGAAACGAGAGGCUGAUGACGCCAAGGCUGCCAUGGACGCUCUCUCUCGCGACAAAGCCGCAGCUGAAAAGAGCAUCAAGCAACUUCAGCAUGAACUGAACGACUCGCAUUCGAAGCUGGACGAGGCCAACCGCACGCUCAAUGACCUGGAUGCCUCGAAGAAGAAACUGGUGGUUGAGAACGGUGACCUCCUCCGCCAAGUUGAAGAGGCCGAGGGCCACAUCAAU